UUGGGGGAAAACCCAAAACUAUUUUUAGACUGACGCUAUUUUUAAUGAACCGAAUCUUUAUAUAUAACAAACAAUGCUUACCGCUGCACUUCGGUGAAAAAUGUUCUCAAGACCACUACAACUUUUUAUUGCUAUUUGUUUAACGCUUUUAUUUUUCACAUCCAUGGUGGACAUAGUGCGUGCGAUUACAGAAAUGAAUAUCAUUGCUGUGAUAUCUUGUGCAUAUUUAAAACAGAUAGGAUUUUGUUAUUUCAGAAGUAAACAAAAUAUGUUUUUACUGCUAUCAUGUUUAUUUUGCUGCUGGUAUAUUUUAGUAUUAUGGUUUGCUUUGAGUUCGAAAGAUACCCAAAUAAUAAAUCGGUAUAAUAGCAUAAAGUCAUGGAAUACGCAUGAUACUGCUUUGAGUAAAAGACUGCAACAGAACAAGAACAGUGACUAUCAUCAUCUUUUUUCGUUAAGUCGUAUUUCAAGGCAAAAGUGUUGGGUUCUCCCUUCGUCUCUAGAAAGGUACCUUAAAGAGUUGGAAAUUAGUAGAAGAAAUUCCAGAUUGAUGAUGUAUGAAUGGGCAAGGUAUGAAACAUUCAAAACAUUUCCGUUCGAUUCACCCGUAAUGCCAAUACGUUUAGCGUCAAACGGAUUUUAUUACAACGGAUCAGGUGAUAGUGUCACGUGUUUCUCGUGUGGACUUGAGUACCGAGGAUGGAGGGAGGGUGAUUCUGUUGCAGAUAUACAUGCCAGACUCUCACCAGACUGUCACCUUAUCGUAGGAGCUGAUCAAAGAAACGUAGGAAUUCAUGCCAACGAAGUUCAAGGUGCUACAGGAGGCGGAAGUAUUGUAACUGAUGGCAGUUUCCAAAGUGGAGAGGUCUACGUACAGAGGCAAAGUCGGCAGUCUGAAGCAAGCGGCGGUACAACUACGUCUACACAGCCACGACACAAGUACCCCGAUCAUGAAAACUAUCACCAUAGAAUGGACUCAUUCACUGGGUGGCCUUGUAGUGAUAUAAUAGACCCAGAAGUUCUUGUUUCUGCUGGUUUCUUUUACGCAGGUUUCAGUGACUGUGUAAGAUGCUUUUCUUGUGGAGGAGGGUUACGUAACUGGGAAUAUGGUGAUGGCCCGUGGGAAGAACAUGCAAGAUGGUUCCCAGGAUGUACGUUUCUAAGGGAACAGAAAGGAUCUGAUUUCAUUAGACAACACAGGAAAGUACCGGCCGACCCUGAUGAUGAGCAAGACACAUCCUCGACUGCCAUCGUAUCUGGAGAGCAAGCGUUGAACACAGUUAAAGGAAACAGACGGUCUGAAAAUCAAAGCCAUCACGAAGAUGCACCCUCUGCAAAAACAAGCAAUGAUAGCAGCAAAAGGAAAACAGAAUCUCUUUCUUCAGAAAAAGGCAUGUCAAUCAGAUCCAUAGAACAAAUACUUCUCCCGAUGGGCUUUUCUCAGGCAGAUAUUAGAACUAGUCUUGAAAGAACUGGCAAAGACGAUGUAAGAGAAUCAACUAUAACAAGACUACUAGAUGACCUACUCGAACAUUCACAAGCACAAGACAAGGAACAAGUAAAAGAACAUACAGACAAGACCAUGUCAACAAUUGCUCAGGAGCCUGUCGGAAACUUAACGGCUCUGACGGCAAACCAUUCUCCGAGUGAACUAGAUCCAAAGGUUCUACAAGAAGAAAAUUCAAGGUUGAUCGAUCAGCUUACCUGUAAAAUCUGCAUGGAUAAAGAGUCUAAUGUAGUAUUCAUCCCAUGCGGUCACAUGGUUUCCUGUGAAACAUGCGCACCACACAUACGGAAGUGUGCUAUCUGCAGGCAACUGAUAAAGGGUCGCGUUAAAGCUUUUAUGUCUUAACCGAAGAGAAAUGGAGCAGGCUUUAACCGAAGAAAUGUCGUUAAUGUAAAAAAAGUAAAUGAUAUUCAGAGAUGUAAUU